GUAUAUGACUUUAUUACAGAUAACAUUAUACUUAUACAUCAGAACAAUCAAAUAUCUAAUAUACAUCGGUAUAUAGUUGUCUAAUCAGAACUAUAAAAGGUCAAAGUCCGAGUAGCCCAAUUAUGAACAGCUACAUAAUGAAUCAAACUUGUUUCCAUCAAGAAAGCCAAAAUAUAUAUAAAGAGGAACCCUUUUCUCGCUAGAGAUAUUUGUUCAGAUUGCAAAGUAUAUACUCUCAACUUUAACGUACAAAAGCACACACGAAAAACAUCAUGUCCUCAUCAGCUAGCCUUAGAGAAGUUGUCGACAAGCUUGAACGAACCAACGAAUGCGCGUCUCAACAAAAAGAAAAACAUAUACCUCGCCCAAUGAACAGUUUUAUGCUCUUCCGUCGCGAAAAGCAGAGGGAGAUUGCUUCGAAAUGUCAGGGUGCCAAUCAUCGCGAUAUGUCAAAGGUCAUUUCAAAGUGGUGGAGAGAAUUAUCACAAGUAGAGAAGCAACCUUACAUAGACGAAGCCGAUCGACUGCAAUUAGAGCACAAAAAGAAAUAUCCUGGUUACAAAUUUACGCCUAAAAGAAAAACGAAAGCGCCAAGACGCUAUAAGCGAUGCCCCGCUGAUCAACUUGUAGCUCGCAAUUUUGACGAUAAGCAGACCUUGUUGUCGCUGUAUUAUAACGGAAUCAUUGAAAAUGACAAACAACAGCCGCUUCAUCUACAAAACAAGCUGGACAUAUCUCUCAAUAAGCAGAUUCAGAAGAAGAAUCAUCGCUUGGUGGAUAGCAGCAGUAACAAUAAUACAACGAAUGUAGAUACAGUUCUUACUAACCGCAACAUUUGCCGUUCUACCAUUUCUUCACCGAAUAACGUCGAUACAAAUCAACAUAUGAUUUAUCUCACAGUUCCUUCAGCGUUAUCAAAUUCAGCCAACGACUUUGCUUCGUCAGGCUGCCCAUCACGAUUCGCCACUCCACUGUCUAUUUCUCUUUCUGAUAGUCGCUGUAGCAGUACACCUUACAGUGUGGUUUCGGAAGAUGAUACACCUAAUGCUUAUCCCGCCUCGUAUUACUUUGGACCACAACCAUGCUGCGUAACCGCCAAUCCUAUCUCUAUGCUAACUUCAGCCUACCAUAUGCGCGACCCUGUUAUAGACUUGCCUUAUUUUUGUUGUGAGACGGCCGAACAUGAGUCACCCAUGUACAAUGUUACCAAUGAGCAUCUUCUUCCCAAUAAUAUGAUGGGUUUAUCAUUCACUUUAUGUUGAUUAUUUAUGCAUGUUUUUUUGUAUAGCCCAAUAUGCUAUGUACAUUUGUUAAUAAAUUUAUGAGCAGCUUUAUGUCAUCCUAUACUGGGUCAAAAUU